AUGUUUGCCAGCUCGACGUUGCGUGUGGCGACGCAUCAGUGCGCUCUGCGAGCCCAUUCGGCGCGCCGAGCUGGAGCUGGUGCUGCUGCUGACGUAAUCAUCCCACGAGUCUGCAAGCAGGCGGCGCGCGUCGCUCCACCCUUGGGCUCUUCGCAGAGAUCGUUUUGGGGAGCCAGCAGCGCUGUGGCUGCGGCUGCGUCUGCGUCUGCGUCUGCGGCUGCGGCUGCGGCUCAGAAUCCUCUGCUGGAGACGCCUACAGCCAAAGCGGCAGCGCAACAGGUGCGAUUCCAGCCGGGUCCUGCUGCUGCUGCUGCUGCUGCUUCUGCUGCUUCCUCCUCCUCCUCUUCUCCUCCCACACCGCCCCCAUCGCCCCCGCCCCCGCCCCCGCCCCCGCGCGCUGGCUUCUUCAAGAGACUGCGCAGAUGGACCUACUUGACGCUGCUGCUGGGUGCGGGCACGCUGGCUUACUACGUGCACGAGAGCAAUCACCCGCCGGACCAACAGCUGCCUCUGGACCCCACCAAAAAGACCAUCGUCGUGCUGGGCUCAGGUUGGGGCGCUACUGCCCUACUCAAGGAGAUUGACAAUCUCGAGUACAAUGUCAUCGUCAUUAGCAAGGAAAACUACUUCCUGUACACGCCGCUCCUGCCGCAAGUCACAGUGGGCACCGUCUCGCCUCGUUCCAUCGCCCAGCCUACGAGGCACAAUACACGCUACAAGACUCGCGAAGUGCAGGUGCUCGAAGCAGAGGCCACCAAGAUCAACGUCAAGGACAAGACCGUCACCUUUGAAGACCGCAACAGCGAAAUCUACGGGGCAAACAAUGGCAGCGAGACGACUGUCAAGUACGACUAUCUCGUCGUGGCCGUCGGCUCGCAGAAUCAAACGUUCAACAUUCCUGGCAUCAAGGAGCACGCAUUCUUCCUCAAGGAAUUGCAGGAUGCCAGCAAGAUCAGGCAGCGCAUCAUGGAUCUGAUCGAAAAGGCUAGCUUGGUGGGCCAGUCGGAUGAGGAGAUGGAUAGGUUGCUGCACAUUUGCGUUGUUGGUGGAGGACCUACGGGCGUGGAAGCGGCAGCGGAGAUGCACGACUUUGUGGAUGAUCUGAGCAAGUGGUACCCUGCCGUCGCGAAUCGCGUUCGCGUGACGCUUGUCGAAGCGCUGCCUCAGAUUCUGCCCGCAUUCAGCAAGGGUCUGGUGGAGUACACGGAGAGCACAUUCAAAUCCAACAAGAUCGACAUUCUCGCCAAGCACAUGGUCAAGGGACUGGAUGAAAAGAGCGUGACGAUGCAAGGCCCAGAAGGCAUCGUCAAUUUGCCCUGCGGCAUGCUCAUCUGGGCCGCGGGAAAUACGAGCAGGCCGAUCAGCCGCGACUUGCAGGCUCAACUCAAGGAGACGCAGACGGAGCGAAGAGGUUUAAAGGUGGAUGAGCAGCUGAGAUUGAUUGGCGCCGAGGAUAGCAUCUUUGCCGUGGGCGACGCCACAGCGACUCAGUGGGCUCCCACGGCUCAAGCCGCUUCGCAGCAAGGCUCCUACAUUGCCAAGAUCUUUGCGCAGCUGGCUCAUGCGGAUCAGCUGGCUCAGAAGGCCUCGGAGGCGCUGCGUGCAGGCAGACCAUCGGACGAGGUGGAGAAGCUGCAAAAGCGGGCAGACAGGGCUGCCAAGUUGCCACCUUUCAAAUUCACAAACAAUGGCAGCUUGGCCUACAUUGGCGGCGAGCGAGCCAUAGCAGACGUGCCCCUCUCCAACGGCGCUUCCAUUUCCGCUUCGGGAACUGCCACGUACUUGUUUUGGAGAUCGGCAUACCUCAGCAUGCUCUUCAGUCUGCGCAAUCGAACCCAAGUCGCGGCGGAUUGGGUCAAGGUGUGGCUCUUUGGCAGAGACAUUACCAGGGAGUAG